AUGAAGAAACACUACAAUGCCAUUCUCUCAUUGCUAGAAAAGUGCAAAUCCAUAGAAUUGAAACAAAUACAUGGGCUGAUGGUCACUAGCUCAGUUAAGAAUGUGAUCUCAUUGAGUAGGGUUAUUGAUUUCUGUGCUAUUUCUGAGGCUGGAGACAUCAGCUAUGCUGAGUCUGUUUUUCGUCGAAUUAAGCAGCCCAGUUUGUAUAUUUGGAACUCAAUGAUCAGAGGGUACUCGAAUAGCGAGAACCCGGUAGAGUGUUUGGUAAUGUAUAGAGAAAUGGUGCAUAGGGGUUAUGCCCCUGACCAUUUUACAUUUCCAUGUCUCAACGGUUGUUCGAUAAUCGUUGCUGUUGGAGUUGGGAAAUGUGUGCAUAGCUGCAUUGUGAAAGCUGGAUUUGUAUUGAAUGUGUAUGUAUCUUCUGGUUUGCUCAAUAUGUAUGCUUGUUGUGCAGAUAUGAAUCUGAUUUCCGGGUUUGUUGGGAACAAUCAAGCUAGUGAGGCUGUAAAGGUGUUUAGGGAUAUGGAACUUUGUGAUGUCGAGCCAAAUGAGAUUACAAUGGUCAAUGUGUUAGUCGCUUGUGCCCGAAGUAGGGAUAUUGACAGUGGGAAGUGGGUUCACAGUCGUAUUCGCCAACUUGGGUUUGAUCCGUUUGAAUCGACUUUUGAUUUUAAUGUGAUUUUUGCAACUGCCAUAGUAGAUAUGUAUGCAAAAUGUGGCAGCUUGAGAACAGCAAGGCGUCUGUUUGACAAGAUGCCUGACAGAAACUUGGUUGCCUGGAAUUCUAUGAUCAGUGCCUACAAUCAAUAUGACCAGGUUGAUAAAGCUAUUGACUUGUUUUUUGAUGUGCGGCUUUCUGGUUUUAUUCCGGACCAAGCUACCUGUCCGGAUGUGAUUGGUUCUUGUGCGCAGUUGGGGGCUUUGGCUUUGGGACAAAGUCUUCAUUCAUAUGCAUCAAAAACUAGCAUAGGCACAGAUGCUUCUGUUGGAACUGCUUUGCUAGACAUGUAUACGAAAAAUGGAGAUGCAGGCAGUGCUCAAAGAAUUUUUGAGGAAUUGCAGAAGAAAGAUGUAAUGGCAUGGACUAGUAUGAUUGUCGGUUUAGCUGUGCAGGAUGCUGCAGAUGCACUGCAUACUUUUAGAAGAAUGCAAGAGGAUGCUAGUGUUAUUCCAGACCAGAUCACUUAUAUUGGGGUUUUAAGCGCGUGUAGCCAUGUCGGACUUGUGGAGGAGGGUCAGAGACACUUUCGUUCAAUGAUUGAUGUUUAUGGCAUAACACCAAUGGCAGAACAUUACGGCUGCAUGGUUGAUCUCUUGAGUCGUGCAGGCCGGUUUGAAGAGGCAAUGAGACUACUAGAAUAAAUGCCAAUUCAACCCAAUGUAACAACAUGGGGAGCUCUCUUAAAUGGGUGUGAGAUAUAUGAAAAUCUAGAUCUCGGUGACAGAGUUAGAAGAUACAUUACAGAGUUGGAGCCUCAUUUUAGUGGAGUUUUGGUCCUUCUUUCCAACAUAUAUGCUAGGGCUGGAAGAUGGAAAGAAGUAAAGCUGACUAAAGAAUUGAUGAAAGAUAGGAGGAUUGCCAAAAUUCUUGGAUGUAGUUCAGUUGAAAUGAAAUUGUUGAGCACAUAAUGCAUCAUCUUUGUCCUACGAUCUCCAGAUUUGUUUUCCUUGCAUCUCCCAUCCAGGGGGUAAAGCUUGCAAUCAAACUGAAGUUUCAUAAUGUGACUGGGUUAGUGAGUACAGAGAAUUCGUUAAUGCCCUCAACAGCGAGAAUGUGCCCUUGACAGCCUCGAGUGUGAGU